UUGUUCUUUCCCCUCAGCCCUGGCAGCAGAGAAGGAUGGCACUCCUGUUUUUAAGUUCCCCCGGUGGAGAGCUAAAGGCAAGCCUAUCCAGGAAGUAGUUGCAGCCUACAAAUCUGUUGGAGCAGAGCUCAAUGUCCUUCCAUUCUGCACGCAGUUCAUCCCCAUGGAUGUUAUUGACUGCCCCAAGCAUGGCUCAAUAAUUUACCACCCAUCCAUCCUACCACGCCACCGAGGAGCUUCUGCAAUCAACUGGACUUUAAUUCAAGGAGAUAAGAAAGCAGGGUUUACUAUUUUCUGGGCUGAUGAUGGUCUUGACACUGGACCAAUUCUUCUGCAGCGAGAAUGUGAUGUAGGCCAAAAUGAUACUGUGGAUGACCUGUAUAACCGGUUUCUCUUUCCAGAAGGAGUAAAGGCCAUGGUGGAGGCUGUACAUCUAAUUGCUGAUGGUAAAGCUCCUCGGAUACCUCAGCCUGAAGAAGGGGCAACAUACGAAGGGAUCCAGAAGAAAGAAAAUGCAGAGAUCUCCUGGGACCAACCUGCAGCAGCUUUGCACAAUUGGAUCCGAGGUCAUGAUAAAGUACCUGGAGCAUGGGCGAAAAUAGGUGACCAG